CUUACUAACGGGAAGUGCAAGACUAACGAACAGAACUUUGCAUAAAACCCUAAUCACAGUUUGUUCCGGCCUGUUUUCCCCAGUCUGUGCGUCGGUAUCGGGCUGGACUACCUGAUAGGGAGCACGUAGGAAACCUUUGGGAAUCUCGGAGGCUGACAGGCAGUUAUGGGAUCCAUGUUUCGAAGUGAGGAGGUGUGCCUGGUGCAGCUUUUUCUCCAGUCUGGUUCAGCCUAUAAUUGUGUCAGUGAGCUUGGAGAGCUUGGGCUGGUGGAGUUCAGAGAUUUAAAUCCCAACGUGAACGCCUUUCAGAGGAAGUUUGUUGGUGAGAUCAGACGAUGCGAGGAGCUUGAGAAGACUUUUACCUUCCUGGAGCAGGAGAUCAAGCGCUCCUUAACUCCACCUCUGCAGGGUCCCCUCGCUCCACCAUGCCCAAUCCCCUCGGCCCCGCAGCCACGAGAACUCAUCACCAUAGAGGAGGAAAGUGAGAGGCUGGCCAGAGAGCUCAAAGAGGUGUCCAGGAACAGAGACAGCCUUCGGGCUCAGCUGACCCAGCUCUGUCAGUACAGAGGAGUCCUGACCAGAACACACUCACUUACAGCUUCACAGGCACCACUACCUGUGCUGGAAAGCCAUGGCCUGUUUGAUAACCGCCAAGAUGUCCACCUCAGUUUUGUAGCAGGAGUGGUUCAUCCUUGGAAGGUUCCAUCUUUUGAGCGGUUGCUGUGGCGGGCGUGUCGGGGUUAUAUUAUUGUGGAUUUUAGAGAAAUGGAGGACCGACUUGAGCACCCAGACACGGGUGAAAUGGUGCAAUGGACGGUGUUCCUUAUUUCUUUCUGGGGAGAUCAGAUUGGACAAAAAGUCAAGAAGAUAUGUGAUUGUUUUCACACACAGACAUUUGCAUACCCUGAAAGCCCUGCUGAGAGAGAGGAGAUACUACAGGGGCUUCAAGGCAGAAUUGAAGACAUCAAAUCAGUGUUGUCACAGACAGAAACCUUCCUUCAGCAGCUGUUGUUGCGAGCAGUAGCCAUUCUGCCCCAGUGGAAAGUGCGGGUCCAGAAAUCCAAGGCAAUCCAGAUGGUGCUGAAUCUCUGCAGUCCCUCUGUCACUGACAAAUGCCUGAUUGCUGAGGCUUGGUGUCCCACUGCCAAGCUGCCUGAACUGCAGAAUGCCCUCAGAGAGGGAGGGAGAAAGAGUGGGAGCGGGGUUGACUCCUUCUACAACCGACUGCCUUCCUCCACACCUCCACCUACUCUGUUUCCCCUCAACUCGUUCACAGCUGGUUUCCAGAACAUUGUUGAUGCUUAUGGAGUGGCCAGCUACCGUGAGGUCAACCCAGCGGUGUACACCAUAAUUACUUUCCCCUUCCUGUUUGCGGUGAUGUUUGGGGAUGUGGGUCACGGUUUAUUGAUGUCUCUGGCUGCCCUCUGGAUGGUCCUUGAGGAGAAGGACCCCAAACUUAGAAAUAAUACCAAUGAGAUCUGGAGGAUGAUGUUUGGAGGACGGUAUCUGAUUCUGCUGAUGGGACUGUUCUCCAUUUACACGGGGGCCAUUUACAACGAGUGCUUCAGCAGAGGCAUCAGCACCUUUAGCUCUGGGUGGCAUGUCAACCCCAUGUUUAAAAAAAACAUAUGGAACUCGUCAGUGCUGGCCGAGAACCAGUUCUUAUCAAUGGAUCCUGCUGUACCUGGUGUUUUUUCCAGCCCCUAUCCUUUUGGAAUUGAUCCGAUUUGGGGCCUGGCCAACAACAAACUAACCUUCCUAAACUCAUACAAGAUGAAGAUGUCAGUUAUCAUUGGUGUCAUUCACAUGACAUUUGGUGUCUGCUUGUCAUUCUUUAACUACUGGCACUUUGGUCAGAUGAGCAGCGUGUUCUUCGUGCUGAUCCCAGAGUUGUUCUUCAUGCUGUGUCUGUUUGGUUACCUGGUGUUCAUGGUGGUCUUUAAAUGGAUUGCUUACACUCCUGCUGAGUCCAAAAUCGCUCCCAGUAUACUGAUCCACUUCAUAGACAUGUUCCUGUUCACAGACAACCCCGAAAACCCACAGCUCUAUACAGGGCAGCUUAUUGUGCAGAAGGUGCUGGUGGUGCUGGCUCUGUGUUCAGUCCCAGUCCUUCUGCUGGGGAAGCCCAUGUGCAAAUACUUCAGAUUCAGGAACAGACGGCGUCAAAUUGAAGAAGAAAGACGUCCGCUGGUAGCAGACGACGGCUCUGUCAACACUCACCAGGGGGAGGUGGAAGGUGGAGCUGCAGAAGAGGGGGUAGAAGCAACUGAGUUUGAUGCUGCAGAUGUGUUCAUGCAUCAGGCUAUCCACACCAUAGAGUACUGCCUGGGCUGCAUCUCCAACACAGCAUCUUACCUGCGACUUUGGGCUCUCAGUUUGGCACACGCACAGCUGUCAGAGGUGCUGUGGGUGAUGGUCAUGCGUCUGGCCCUAAAGUGGGAGGAUUAUGUGGGAUCUGCAGUACUUUUUGUGAUUUUUGCCUUCUUUGCUGUGUUGACCGUGUGCAUCCUCCUGGUUAUGGAGGGGCUCUCAGCUUUCUUGCAUGCGCUCCGUCUGCACUGGGUGGAGUUUCAGAACAAGUUCUACAGUGGAUCAGGCUACAAACUGAGCCCUUUCUCCUUCACAUCUCUGAUCAAUGCUUCAGCUGCUGUAUGAUUGGCCAAAUGAUUGCCAAACGGUUAAAUUAACUUAUGUAUCUGUGUGUAUUCUAUUGUUUUUACACCAUGAAAUGGUUAAACAAACUUGCACAGUGAUUAUAAUAAAUGAUAGACUGGUAAUUUUUGCAGCAGUAGAAUGACACCCUGCAUAAUGACUUAUAAAGAAAUUUACAUUGGUUUCCCCUUACUAAUUUGUACUCAGUAUUAUAUGCUGCUGUCUAACUGUUUUGUCAGUAGUUUGGGAAAUAUUUGGUAAUCAUGUACUUUCACUGUAUAAACAUUUAAUACACAAAGUAAUUCAGAAAAGGGAAAGUACAUCUAAUUAUGGGUCUGUUUUGCAGUUUAAGGGAACUUGUGUUUGACUAAAUGUUGUGUCUUGCCUGCAAGAGUUGAUGGCAGUGAACGAUCUGAAUGAUUUUUAUAAACCAAAGAUACUUUUUCAUCUUCUCAUGUCUUCCUAACACAUCACACCACAGCUAUUUAUUCAUAGUUCGGUGUUUUCUGGUGCCUUACUGGGACUGUAUAUAUUAUGUAUUUUGGUCAGAUUGCAACUGCUAUUAUUUUGCCACAACUGUGUACAAAACCUUGCAACAGACUUUUAUCUGUUUUCUUCUUUUUUAAUUUUAAUUUUUUUGCCAAUCAAUACUAUAAAAAUGAUCAAUUAUGAGUUGAAAUAAAAUUGAGUUUCUUGUUGAGUCUUA